AUGCGUUGCUCGGUGAUUAAGCUGCACAGGAGGAACCUUUUACUACCAUCGCCAGGGUACGCAAUUGCUGUUUUCAACUACCUCCAUCACCCUGACGUUUUACCGACGGUCCACACCAACCGACAGAAUCUCAUUGGUGCAGCUCGUUUUCUUGCUGGAUUGAUCACUGAAUUUGCGAACCUGGAAGCUCUCAUCAUGGAGUUCGAUAGCGCCUGGUAUGAAGAAGCAGCCAGCAACACGCGUAAUUGGGUGGACGACAUGCUGAACGAGAUGGAACAAGCCCUUGUUCCCUUGGUACUCUCGGGCCGGGCACCACCAAACACAGCUGCCAUUACCGCCUACAUAGCAAGGCUGAGAAUUCGGAGGGGAGACAUCAAGGCAUCGCCACGCAAACAGUAG